AUGUCUGACCCCCUGGAUGCGGAUUGGCUCCGGCGCGGCAAGUGGCGAGGCUUCUACGACGGAACCUACGCACCACACCGGAAGGCCGCUGAGGAAGAGUCCGACAGCGGAAUCGAUCACCUGCCAUGGCGAAGCCAUCUGCCAGCGUCGCAGCUGCUGCAGUACAUCGGUGAUGGUAAGCUGCUGCCCUCGGCACGGGCUUUGGAGUUGGGAUGUGGCACCGGCGAGAACUUGGUCGCGCUGGCACAUCAUACCCGCUUUGUUUGUGGCAUCGACAUCGUUGAGGAUGCAGUGAAGUCCAGCCAGGUUGCGCUUAGGGAGGCGCGCAUGGACUGCAUGAAGGCGCAGGUUCUUUGCGCCGACGUCCUCGAGCUGCCGGACGAUGCCAUAUACCUGUUGGAUGGAGGAAGCUGGGAGUUCGAUUUCAUCUUCGACUGCCAAUGCUUCCACUGCCUCUACCAGGUGGACGCGGAGGCGGCCGCCCAGGUCUACGCCAAGCUGCUUGCGCCGGGCGGGAAGCUGCUGAUGCUCACGGGCAACUCGGAGGAAGUGGCUUCCAGAGGGCCGGUGCAGCUGUCAUACGAAGAGGUGUUCCAUGCCUUCGACGGCACCGACCUCUUCUGCGCCGAGCUGAUGCCGACGCGCUUCGACUGGACGGAGACCUACCGGAAGCAAAGUUACGAGGAGCCUCCCCUGGGAUGGCUGUCCCUCUGGUGCAAGCCGGAGGCUGAACCUGGGGUUUAG